AACAAUACCGAUUGGAAAAAGGAAUAUAUCCCAACAACCACUGAGAAAACUUGAUCUAAAAAUCAACUUCUCUUCGGUCCGAAAACAACACUCGCCUAAAAUUGAAAAUUCACAAAGAAGGUCAGAAAUUCAUCUUCAUCUAUGGAGCUAACACUAGAUCAGUUGAAGCAGUACGAUGGCACAGAUCCAUCAAACCCCAUAUACAUCGGCGUGAAGGGUCGUAUCUUUGAUGUAAGCACCGCAAAGUCCUUCUAUGGUCCUGGCGGCUCCUACGCAAUGUUUGCCGGUAAAGAUGCGAGCAGGGCCCUAGCCAAGAUGAGCAAGAACGAUGAGGAUGUUAUUGGAUCUCUCCAUGGGCUCACCGAAAAGGAGUUGGGAAUUCUUGAUGAUUGGGAAAAGAAAUUCGAAGCUAAGUACCCAAUUGUUGGUUCUCUCGCUGCUUAAUUAGAUGAUCGAUUUUCUAUACAGUUGACUGUUUUGCUUAUCAAAUUUCAACACUGUUGGUUUUAGUUGUGUAUCAUGAUUUCAAAAUCCGAAUUUCAUAUACAGUCGCUGUGUGGAAAUGAACCCUAAGUUAUAUGUGUAAGUGUGCCACUUGUAAUGGGGUUGAAUCGUUUGGCUUGAAUAAGAGUUCUGUCUCAAAUUAUGUGUCUUCA